UUAUACUCCGACCUGCUACUGUCCGACAGUCAAACAGUUCAGAAAAUCCAGUAAAUCCCACCCGCAAACACCGGUGAUCGAUCUGCAACUAAUAACAAAAAUGAGCAACAUAAAUGAAAAUAAAAUGGAAAACAACAAUGAGCUCUUACUCAAAUUCGGCUCACUCAUCAAGGAAUCCGACAUUAAUUUCCAGAUACCUGAUGAACUGAUGCUGUGUUUUAUUUAUGCGCGCAAACGCGACGUGCAACGCGCCAUGAAGUUGUUAAAGAAUUAUUUGAGAGUGAUGAAAAACUAUCCGGAGCUUUUUACUGAUUUGCGGAGUGAACGCGUGAAACACGUUUUAGAUUUAGGCCAUCUUCUAGCGUCUCCCAUUCGCGAUCAAAACGGAUCCCGUGUCUUCAUAAUAAAUGCCCGUAAUUGGGAUGUUCGUCGUUGCAGUUUAGAGGACGUCUACAGUGCUGUUGUGUUCUGUUUUCAAAUGAUGGUGUCUGAAAUUGAAACUCAGUCAAAAGGAGUAGUGGGCAUCAUGGAUUUCCAAGAUUUCGCACUUCACCAGAUAAGACACUUCACGCCAUCUUUCCUUAAGAAAGUGGCCGAUCUCAUACAGGACGUGUUUCCCAUUCGUUUGAAAGGAAUUCAUAUCGUUAAUGAACCUCGGAUCAUGAAGAUUCUUGUGGCUAUGAUAUGGCCUUUCUUAUCAAACAAAAUUCGUAAUCGGCUGUUUUUCCAUGGUUCGUGCUUCAAAACAUUGCAUCACCACGUUGAUCCCUCUUGUCUACCAAGCAAUUACGAUGGUUGUUUGGGGCCGAUGAGUUCUAUGCAUUUCUCCAGCGUAUUCUUUGAAGAGGAUUACUACUCCAACAUAUUCGAAUGUUUAAAUUAAAAAUAAGCUUGCUGCUUAAUACGUAUCAAAUUCUAUGAAAAAAGUAAAAUUAAUAUAUUUGGUUAAAAUCA